CCUUGACAAACGAAGCUCAUUCAACAUCUUGUUAGCCAGCCACAUAGCAACAAACAAUCAACAUUCAAGAUGCCCGAGAUUGAAGAAGUCGACGACGUGCCCGAGCUCGAGGCCACCCCCGGUGAUGAAAAUGCUGCUGCUGCCGCCGCCGGUAUGGCUGGCAUGAUGCCCGGCAUGGCUGCUGGAGAACCCGAGUCCAAGCAAAACCGUAACGAGAAGAAAUCUCGCAAGGCCAUGCAAAAGUUGGGAAUGCGUCCCGUUCCUGGUGUCCUUCGUGUCACGGUCAAGAAAUCCAAGAACGUGCUCUUUGUCAUCAACAAACCAGAUGUCUUCAAGAGCCCCACCGCCGAUACCUACGUCGUCUUUGGAGAAGCCAAAUCCGAGGAUCUCUCCAGUGCCAGUCAAGCCGCUGCUGCCAAGCAAUUCCGUCAACCCGAUGCUGCCGGUAUGGCGGCUGCCGCUGGUGGUAUGCCACAAAUGGGACAAGCACCUCCUGAAAUGCCGGGAGAUGAGGAAGUUCCUGCUUUGGCAGCUCCAGAAGAGGAAGAAUUGGAUGAAACGGGUGUGGAAGGAAAGGAUAUUGAACUUGUCAUGAGUCAAGCCGGCUGUUCGAGAGCAAAGGCAGUCAAGGCUCUCAAAGAAAAUGGUGGAGAUCUUGUCAAUGCUAUCAUGAGUUUGACCAACUAGUCUAGCAGCUAAUUGUAGUCUAUCUAGCCAUGCUACAUCACAUUUAAGCCACUAGCUAAUGUUGCGUACUAUAGCACUCUUGUUUCCGUCC